AUGACCCGACCUCACCCCAAUUACUACGGAGCUGGACCCGCUCUCCUUCCCUCAGAGGUCAUUGAGGACGCCGCUGCCGGCAUGGUAAACUACCAGGGUCUCGGAAUCGGUCUGGGCGAGAUUUCGCACCGAUCUGGCCAGGCCACUGAAAUCAUCAAUGGCGCCAAGAACAACCUCAAGCAGCUGCUCGACGUGCCUGACACCCAUGAGGUGUUCUUUGCCCAGGGUGGAGGCUCUGGCGGCUUUGCUGCCAUCGUCUACAACCUUCUUGGAGCCUACGCCAAGGAGACUGGCAAGAAGGGCAAGGUGGACUACUUCAUCACCGGCGACUGGUCCAAGAAGGCGACCGACGAGGCCAUCAAACUUGGAGCCGACGUGAACGUGGUUUCCGACUCUCGAAAGUUCACCGACAACGGCAAGUUUGGCGUCAUUGCUCCCCAGGACACCUGGACCUUCUCCGAUCCCAAGGACACUGCUUACGUCUACUACUGUGACAACGAGACUGUGGCCGGUGUGGAGUUUCCCGAGACCCCCAAGAUUCCUGAGGGCGUCGAGCUGGUGGCCGACAUGUCCUCCAACAUCCUGUCCAAGGUCCUGGACGUGUCCAAGUUCGGUCUCAUCUUCGGAGGUGCCCAGAAGAACAUUGGUAUUGCCGGUGUGUCGUUCUACAUCAUCAAGAAGAGCCUGUUGCCCAAGGCUGACGUGGCUACUCUGCGAAAGCUCGACAUUGCUGUCACCCCCUCCUUCAUGGACUUUGAAAUCAUUGUUAAGAACAACUCUGCCUACAACACUGUCUCCAUCCCCGCCGUCUACGUCGUUGAGAAGGUCAGCGAGCAGCUCAUCAAGAAGGGAGGCCUCAAGGUGCAGCAGAAGGAGGCUGAAGAGAAGGCUGCUUCUCUGUAUGCCGCUCUGGAUGCCCACAAGAAGCUGUACAACCUGCCUGUUGCUGUGGCCGACCGGUCCAAGAUGAACAUUGUCUUCACCAUCCAUGGCGAGGGUCUCGAGGACAAGUUCCUCAAGGAGGCGGCUGCCAAGGGUCUGACUGGUCUCAAGGGCCACCGAUCCGUCGGAGGUAUCCGAAUCUCCAACUACAACGCCGUCACUGUCCAGAGCGCCGAGCUGCUCAAGGACUUUAUCAACGAGUUUGCCAAGCAGAACGAGUAG